AUGCCGCUCGAUGUUGUGAAUUAUACGAUGUGUAAGUGUGCUUUUUGGUGCUAUUUUUAUUAUUGUACUUGCCUGUAGGGUCUUUUUAGUUAAUUUUUAAUAAAAAUCCUUUAGUUCUUUGCUCCAAAAAUGGUUUUAAGGGGAUUUUAGUGAAAUUAGUGCAUACUUUCUGUAAAUUAAGAUUAGGCAUGGGUUCUUUGUUAUCUUUCGACCACAAUUUUAAAAAUUUGAACCAGAUAUGAAAAGUUUGGCACUUUUCAGCAAAACUUUUCAACUUUUCCCUAACUUUAAAAGUUUUGUCGCAAUUUCUUGCUCUUUAAAACUUUUAAAAUUUCAGUCGAGACACUUCGAGUUCUGAGCUUGGUCGCCGUUAACAUUGGCCUGAUCGCAGCGGUAUGGUUGAACUGCGGCGGCAAAAAGAAACCCGCCGCACCGCCUCCCGGCAAAGGCGGUAAGGACAAAUCGCAAGUCGCACCCGUUUCGAACGCCAAACCGGCUGGAGAUGUAAGUUCAAAUGUCAUAUAUGAAAAGAUUGAAGAUUUUGGGACUUAAAAAAAUUUUAAUUUAAAAAAAAUGAAAAUCAAUAAAAAAUGGCACAACAAUCAAAUUUUAGGUAAAAAAUGCCAUUCUUUUUGCAUUGUUUUUUAAAACUGCUAAAAAAAGGUUUAAAAUGAAGAUUAGGUCACACGCGCCAUUCUUUUUGCAUCAAAUUAAAAAAAAUGCAAAAAAGAAGAUUUAAAAUGAAAGUUAGGUAUGUGCCAUUCUUUCUGCAUCAGCAAGCUUUGAAACUGAAAAAUUUGGAAUUUUGCAGCCCAAGAAGGAAGGUUCGACGAAGGAACCCAAGCCUGAGGAGAAGAAGGACGGCAAGGGAGAGAGUAAGAAGAGUCAGGUCAAAGAGACGAGUAAGAAAGAGUCCAAGGUCGAGGAGAAGAAGGAAGAGAAGAAUGAGGAGAAGAAGGAGGAGGGCAAAGAGGAAAAGGUAAUUUUUGAGUUUAAAUUUGAAGUUUAUAGUUAAAAUUUUCAUAAUUUAAAUUUUUUUUACAAUUUGAAAUGAAAAUGUUAAGAUAUUGAAGUACGUAGUGUAAUAUUAAGACACUGAAGUAGAUAGUGUAAUAUAAAAUAUUCCAGAAAGAGGAAGACAAGAAAGAAGAAGGUGGGGAGAAGAGUAAGGUCAAGACAGACAAGAAAGCCGAUAAAAAGGAUGAGAAAGAGGAGGAGAAGGACAAGAAGGAUGGCGAGAAGCUGGUACCCGUCAAGAAACAGCUCGGCAAGAAGGAACAGGAAAUCGUGCAGGGAGCGAAACGGAAAAAGGGAGACUAUCCUACUGUAAGUUUUUUUUAAUUUUCAUAUAUGCGUUGCUGUUUUUUUUGGUUUGGUACAUGUAGGUACAUAUGUACUGUAGAGUACGGUAUGGAUACAGUAGUUUAUAAUAUAAAAGGGAAGACGAUGGGUUGAGCAGAAAAGGGUAUGGUAGGGCUUGGGCAUGGUUUGUUAAGGUAAGGUAAAGUAAAGUAAGGUAAGGUAUAAUAAGUAAACGUCAGCUUUGGACAUUUUAGUAUAAGUAGGGUAUGGUAGAGUAGUAUAGGGUUUGUUAGGACAAGUUGGGGGAAAGUAAGAUAAAGUAACUAUAAAAAUUUGUGAGUAAAAUUAGACCACUAUAAACUAAAAUGAGGUUUCUUUGUAGAUGGACGACGUGCUAUCCGACUGGGACUCGAAGAAGGAAGGCGACAAGAAGACCAAGAGCAAAGACAACACGAAUCUCGAAUCGAAAGAGAACGAGGACGAGAAGAAGGACGACGACAAGAAGGAAUAA